CACGAUUAUUUUUGGGACAGGGACGAUGACUGAUGAUUUAAAACUGCGCGGGAUGACAGAGAGCUAGAAGGAUGUUUUGAAAAUAUCAGUGAAGAAGGAAGACAGCUUGUCGGCGCAGUUCCUCAGUGUGGAAGCAGACACGCCAUCAGGGUCUGCUGUUUACCCGCAGCUUUGUUGCCGGAAUAAGUUUGUGCACUUCGUGCUCAGUUUUCACAAAGGGAGCUGGUUUAAGUAGGGAUGAAGAAGCUGUGGCCGGGGUGUCACUUCCUUAUACGGUACUAUUUCGUUACUAAUAUAUACGUGUGCUCGUGUUGAUUAUCACUGGUCAGUCUCAUCAAGGACCGCAUCCGGACAGUCCAUAGCCUGAUCUGAUCAGCGGCGGCACGGAUUUACAUAUCUUUAGCUUGCUAUGGCAUAGUUCAGGUGCCCACUGGACCAUGGUAUUGUCGAAAAUGCGAGUCCCAAGAGAGGGCAGCUAGAGUGCGAUGUGAACUGUGUCCUCAAAAGGAUGGAGCUCUUAAACGAACAGAUUCUGGGGGCUGGUGUCAUGUUGUCUGUGCUUUAUACAUCCCAGAGGCAUGGUUUGCAAAUGUACAAACUAUGGAACCUAUUGUUUUGAAGAAUGUUCCUCAGGACAGAUUUAACAAGUUUUCUCCAAAGAUUUGCUACAUCUGUGAGGAGAAUGAACGCGACACGACAAAGACAACAACUGGUGCUUGCAUGCAGUGUAACAGAAGUGGUUGUCGACACUAUUUUCAUGUGACAUGUGCACAGGCCCAAGGUUUGCUGUGUGAAGAAGCUGGGAACUAUGGAGACAAUGUAAAAUACUGUGGCUACUGUUCAUAUCACUAUAAGAAAUUGAAAAAAGACGCAAACAUCAAAACCAUACCAGCUUUCAAGCCUAUACCCUCUGACAACGCAACUCCUGACACUACCCCAGAAAAAGUGUGUGGCCCUCAAAAAUCUGAAAAAGAUAAAAAGCCAGGCAGAGACAGUCACAGAACAUCAGAAAGGAAAGUGACUACUAGCUCGGAUAGUACAUCUGCUACAAAUCGAGUUGCCUCCCAUCCCUCCAAACCACGCCCUCUCUUUCUAUCUUCUUCUGUGGCUCUGAAUACACUGCCAGAUGCACCUCAAGCUUCCAGCUCUCAGUUUCCGGGUUUCACAGAGGCUGAUGUGAAGAAAAGUGCCCUGGGUCAAGACCCUGUGUCUAAGCUUGACUUGUCUCCCUCUGUGAGUGUAGCCAAUGGUGGGGGUGUGACAGUAGCAGGUGGGGGAACAAGUGCCUUGAGUGGGGCAGGCAACAGCAGCAACUCUGUAAGCAGCGUGGAUAGUGCUGCUCCAAGCUCCGUUUCUUCCAACAGCAGCAGUGAAGGUCGGCUGCACCAAGAGCCUGCUUUCUCAAUGUCAGAGAAUCUGUUUGCUUCCCUGUGCAACCCUAGCUUGGGCACUGCCAGCAGUGGUGGAAACAGCAAUGGCAGCAGCAGCAGUGGUAACAGUGUUGCUGCUCCAAGUUUUCCAGCAUCAUUUGAGAACUAUGUGAGUACCUCAGGCAGUAGUGUUAGUGGUGGAGGAAGUGGUGGAUCAAAUGUGAGUGCAGCUGUUCCUGUUGGAGGGAGUAGUAACGUGAACCUUACCACCUACCUGCAGUCACAACCAACUAGCAGCCUACAACAGCCCCCAUUAGUGCCAGAAUUGGAUACAGCAACUGUUAAACGACAACGAUCAAAAUCUCAGGAACAAAAAGAGGAAAAGAAGAAGCAGAAGAAAUCCAAGGCUGAAGUGAAGAACAAAAGUGUGCGAGGUACAGCAGGCAGCCAUAAUAAUGGUGUUGUCAUGGACAACAAAAGCAAGAGAGAUGGCAUCAAAUCACUGACAAGCAGUGCAAGUUCUUCAGGGGCUGCCUUAGGGCACCACAACUAUGCCAGCAGUGUGUUUGGUGGAAGCCCUUGUUUUCAGAGUCCUGUGCAACUGUCAGGACUUCCACCAUCCGCACCAGAUGUAAGUUUUCCAGGGACUAUUCCCAUGUCUCAAGUGCUUCCACCAUUCUCAUCUUGUUCUCCGAGUUAUUGCUAUGAUGGAGAAAAUGUGAAUGGCUCAGUGUUUGCACCUCCAAAAGUCUUCCCAAGUUUGCACACCAACAGACAAGAUGACUCUUCACUAGGGUUUCCAACGUCUUUGGAGCAGCUUCUUGAACGGCAAUGGGAGCAAGGAGCUCAGUUCAUGAUGGAUCAGUGCCAACACUUUGACAUUGCAUCAUUAUUGAGGUGCCUAAACCAGUUGAAGACAGAAAAUGCCCGUCUUGAAGAGUCGAUCAAAGUGUUGACUUCAAGAAGGGAUCAUCUUCUUGCUGUCAAUGCACGGCUAGCACUGCCAUUUUCCACAUCUUCAUUACCACACAGGUCUGAAGGAGGUAGUCCUGAAACUCUUGAUAAAGGACAGGUGGAGCGGGAUGCUGCAGGGACUGUAAACAAACCUCAUGCAGCCAGUACCAUGCCAGUCUCUCUGCCACACAUGCCAGUCAUUGAGCCGAUCACCAGUUCUGUUGAGGCUGUAAGCCCUCUUGCAGGAUCACUGGCCAUGCGAACAAAUGAUAUACACCAGGUUGCCUCAGUCAUCACCAUGGGAGGGACGCACCCAUCUCAUGAAACUUCUGGUCAACAACAACUUGUAUACUCUGUGGUUCAGCCCACAUCUACAACCCCUAGCCUCAUAACCAUCUCUUCAUUCCACCCUCAGCAGCAACAUAUCCACUCACUCCCUCAGCCCCAGGUUAAUAAGGUGUUGGAGACAAAGAACAAAGACAAGACCUGAUGGUACAGUUGGUAGGUUGUUCAAGGUGUAGCUAGUCAGUGUUUCCAGUUUUGGAUGCCGACUGAACAAGGAAACACCAAGCUGAUGUCAUGAUGAGUGGACUCUGCAAUGUGAGGAUGGUGAUUUAGUAAAGGGCAGGUUUGGGUAGAUUGUGCUUCUUCAGGUGUGCCAAGGGAGAAUGCUGUAUUGAUUGCAGUUCGUGUCACACAUUCAUACAGCACAAAGGUCAUUUGCACCUGAAGACAGGUGUGUUGCUUUCAAUGACAACCAAAGUGAAACGUUUCUUUUAAUGUAAAUGUGCCCCCACAUCUCCAGCGACAACAGCUGUACCCAGGUUUAGAAGCCCUUAAAAGCUUCUGGUUUCAGUUUUAACAUUUACUAUAUUCCGAAAAGUAUGCCGAUAAAGGGCAGGAGAAGCAUUUGACAUUUUCAUAGGCAAAUAAUUUUGUUUCGUUUGAUAUAAAAGUGUUUACAUAAAGUGUGGGGGCCUGAAAAAUGACCACCAUAGAUCUCAAAAGUCAAAGUCAGUCAAAUGUUGCUCUGUAUAUAACAUUCAUUAUUUUCACUCAAGAAUUAAAACCAGUUGUUGCCUUGUGUCGUUUUCCUAAACAUAUGAAUAUGGCGACUGUGUGUAAUUCCUACAUAUUUUGUUGUUUAUCCUUAAGACUUGCACUUGCAAUUUUCUAUAUUCUUAUAAGCUGGCACUUCAUUGUUUUUUAAAUGAACUAUUUUUUAAUUAAUAUAGUUAGAGAAGAUAUGAGACCAGUUUCCUAAAAACCUUUGAAAGAUUAUUUUAACCGUUGAGUGUUCUGAUUGUUCAAAUCCAUUACUUUUAAGUUAUUUUGGAAUGCUGCUUUCUUCCAUUCCACACAGAAAUUGAUAUCAGUCUUGGAGGAGAUCUUACAACAGUUAGAUUUUAUUCUAUAGCCAGUUCUGUUUGUUUCUGCGAGAUUUCAUUUUUAUAUUGCAGUUUAGGAGCUAAAUGUUUAUGAUUUGCAGUCUUGAUACAAGACUGAAAGGAAUGAAGUCAUGUUUUUAUAUGUUAAUUGAAUUUGACUGUGGUUUCCUUGAGUUUAUUCAAGCUGUUAUGAAAAAGUGCAUUCAUUUUACCUUUCAUCUCUUUUCAACUGCUAUUUAAUUAGGUGUGAAAGAUGGGGCUGUUAAUCCUGUAUCAAGUUAGAAAUAAGAUAUUAACAGGUGUUAAAACAGCUGUGUGAUCAGAUCCAUUACCUUUCAGUUGGUUAAACAAAAAUGUUACCAAGAACUGCUAACAGUGCAGCUUGUAUUUUGUUGUUUCCUUCUUUAUUGCACCGGUACGUGAAAUGUCUAAACAAAUUCAUAUUUCAAAGUAAAAAUUUAUUGCACAUGGGAAUUUGAAAAUCACUAGCUCUUACUAUCAACUGCACUACUGCUUGGUAUCUUAUGCAAUAGAUGUUCUUUGAGAAAGACGCUGUAAUAGAUCAAGGCACUAUUGUCAUGGUUUGCUUUCUAAGCAUAUACUUUGCUGUUUUCUUGGUCCAAGUUUCUCAUGGAUCAUGUUCCAGAGUGAUUGAAAGCAAAUAGUGCAUUUGCUUGAAGAUCCUUUUUGGCAAGACUGUUUGUUCCCACAAGUAUGGGAUGCAAGACUGUUUGUUCCCCCAAGUAUGGGAUUAGCAUGCUCAACACUUAUUGCUGAAAACAGCAGGUUGUGUAAAGACAUGUUUUUGGUAUCUGUGAGAUAAAAGCAUCUGCAAAUCUACAAUAUAGUUUCUGGGAGAGCAGAAAGAAUGUUGGUGCAUGGAAAUUCUUUUUCUUUUGCUGUUUUGGUGAGGUUUGAUAUCUUGCAAACUUGUUAUAAAGAUAUUUUUGGUUUUAAGAAGCCUUUUUUCUUAAAAAUACUAAACUAUGUUGCUGCAACUCUUUAAAUGCACAGCGGGAAAAUGUUACAUGUAAAGUAGAUGAUGGCUUGGUUAUAUCUUUGUUAUAAGUUUUUUGGCUGAAUCAGUAUUCAUUGUUGACAGAUCAGUUAUGAAAGCUUUUCAGAUUUAAUAUGCUGAAUUUUAAUAGAUUUUUGUGUGUGUGUGUGCAUCAUGUAUGUAUGUAUACGUGAGUGCAUGCGUGUGCAUAAUAUUAUUGUACAGUACACAAUGAGUAAUUAUUUGUUUUCUUAGCUGCAUGUUCAGAUGCAGAGAAGUGACAUAUGACCUUGAAUGCAGUGCCAUAUGAUUCACACUUAGAUUUAAGUAAAGACCUUAUGGUUCGAUGGGGCAGACAAGUCUGUAGCAUAUAGUACUCUUUAAGUAUGCUGUUCCAAUAGCUUGCAUCUUUUAUGGUAAGAAAACAAUUUUUGUUGUCAAACUUUUUGCAAGCUUUUCCUUGGUGCUCAAUUCUUCCAUUUGUUUGCUCAUAACUUAAGGAAAUAAACUUCCAAACAGUAAUAAAGAGGCACAAACAAAACAGUAGUACUUUUACAUUGAUAUAGCUACCCAGGAGAUUAUGGUCAUUUGAGAGUGGAAUCAAGUUGAAAAAAAUGUAGUAGUGAGGAAAACACUUGUCCUGCAGCAACUUCCAAAAAGAGGACAUCUGGUGCAUAUUGAUAAACACAACUCAAGCUGCUUUUGGUCAUGGAUUUGCACUUGGGUGGGGGGGAGUUCUCACUAUAAUAUUAAUUACACAGUGUAUUCAAUCAGAUGCAAUGAGCCCUAAUUUAAUGCCUGCAUUUCUUUACAAAUUGAAGAUGUUUACAAACCUUCACAUCGAAAGGUGAUUUACUUUGAAAGGUAUUCAGUGCAUCCGAUAAAUAGGGCAAGGACUCUAGGGUGCACAUUGUUUCUUUAAACUACAGGUUGCAUGGUUUUUAAAAGUUGUAUAUUGCAGACCUAAAUCCUAGAGAUGCCAGACAUGAUAGAAAAAAAUAGUAUGAGUAACAUUGGAAGCUUUGAGCACUCUCAUGAUGCACCCAAGUCAUUCAAAUAAUAUUUCCAUGUUAUUUUGAUCUCCAAUUUGACCUUCACCUUUUAUGCUGCUCAUUUUGCAAUCUGCAUGUUGUGUUCAUCCCACAUGAAAUUUCCAACCUCUUUAAAAUAAACAAUACUAAAAACAUAGGAAACAUGACCAAAUUUGUGUAUCCAAAAACAGAAUGAAAUAAAUAUUUUUUGAAGAUUA